CACUUAUUCUCAUCAUCUUUUUGCUAUUUCGUUUCAUUACAAAUUGUUCAGUUUAAGAGAAACAACUCCAACUUCUUUAUAGUUUUUUUCUUUUAGUUAUUUUUUUUUGUUCAAAAUUCGUAGAAAAAAACCGCCGUGUCCAUCUCUCCCGAUGGAGGGAUGCGAAUCUGAUGACGAAUCAAACUACUUGGUCAGUGCCGAAAAUGUAAAUGGUCAACAAGGUUAUUCUUAUGAGGAACAGUUUAAGCAACUCUACGAUUUAAGUGACCAUCCGGAUCGUCGUUCGUUUUUAAAUGACCUUUUCUCUUUCAUGCAACAAAGAGGAACUCCUGUUAAUAGGAUUCCAAUUAUGGCAAAACAAGUUCUUGAUAUUUAUGAACUUUAUCGAUUAGUGGUCGCUCGAGGAGGAUUAGUUGAAGUUAUUAAUAAGAAAAUUUGGAGAGAAAUAACCAAAGGGUUAAAUUUACCUUCUUCCAUCACAAGUGCCGCUUUUACCCUUCGAACACAAUAUAUGAAGUAUUUGUAUCCCUACGAAUGUGAGAAGGAACAUUUAUCGUCUCCUGAUGAGUUACAACAAGCAAUUGAUGGUAAUCGACGUGAAGGUCGUCGAUCAUCAUAUGGACAUUAUUCAGAUAUGAUCGGAUCUCCUGUAGGUGCGGGAGGAUCAGGAGGAUCAGGUGGAGGAUCAAAUGAAGGUUUAGCUGGACCAAGUGUCGGAAUGAGUGUCAGUGGAUUGAGUGUUGGUCCAAGUGGUUAUAAUGGUGGCCCAUCUUCUGGGGCUGGACCAUCGGCUUCAUCAUCUCAUCGAAGUGUAUCAACUCCAUCACUUCAUCACCUUAGUUCAUCAUCAAUUCAUCCUCUUUCCAUCCAACCUUUAUUAGCCUUAGCAUCAGCCCAAGCUCAAGCUCAGGCCGAAGCUCUUAAUCUUGAAACAAAACCGUCAAUUAAUAAUAACAACUCAAGUGCCCAUUCUGGACUUAAUGGACCUUCAUCAUCAUCUCAUAAUCAUCAUGAUAAAUCACCUCUUUCACUUGUUAAUCGUCACUUAAUGAACGGUGUUAAUCUCAAUAAUUUAAACAACAAUAAUCAUAAUGGUCGCCAAGGAAGUGGACAACAACAUUCGAGGAUGAACACAAAUCAAAGUGAAAGUAUUCCAAUGGAUGAUUGUGGUUCAGGAUCAUCAGGGGAAGACGAAGAAGAUAAUUCAAGAAACUCUCUUUCUUUCGGUCCACUUGGCUUCGCUUCAGCUCAAGCUCAAGCUGAAGCCAUCAACUUAGAAGCUAAAAGAUUAAGUGUCUUUCAAAAUCAUUUAAAAAAUUUCGCCUCAAAUAAUCAAAACUUCGAGACAAAUAAUAAUAAUAAUUCAAUGUUAUUAAGUAUGAAAGUAAAUAAUAUCAUUUACUCUGGUAUUUUAUAUGCAGAACGAGCAGUUAAACGUUAAAAAGACUCAAACAAUCAACAAGAACGUUCAACUUAUUCACAAUUAGGGCCUUGGAUUUAUCAUGAUUCUCAUUCAUCUUCAUGAUGUUUGUUACCUGAGGAAAUUUCAUCUUUCAUUUUCUUUGUUUCUUUUGUCUACAAUUUCUCAUUAAUUCAAAUGAUAAAAUAAUUUCAAUUUUCAAAUGAUCUAAAUCAAUACUAAUUUAUUAAUAAACUUUUUCUCCUCGAUGUUAAUUGUAACAAUCAAUGGUGUUUACUAUUGGUUCAACUGGACUAGAAAUGUCCUUAAUCCUUUUUUGCUCUGAUCUCAAUUAUUUUGUAAAUCAAUACAAUCAUCUCACCACUCAAAUUAACUUGACUCUCACAAUUAAAAUAUUUACUCUUUAAUUAUCCUUAAUUUAAACAUACGAAUACGAAAAAUCAACUUGACAAUUAAAGUGAUCCAAUCUAUUCAUACCAAUGAAACAACUUGUAAUCAUCUAAAUUCACAAUCAAAUCAACAAUUAGUUGAGUAUAUUUGUUAAGUUCUCAAUUAGAAUGGUGAUUAAUUUGAUUACCAAAAGAAUUGAUUCAAUUUAAUUAUCUUGCACUCUUAAUUGUCACAUUUUUCUUUAAUUGUUAUAGCACUUCAAUGAUACUCAUUAAACCAACAAUGAAAAAAGCUCUUGAUCAUUAUUAACCACAAUUAACUGAAAAUAGUAAAUCAACUAAUUGUUGCACAACUUAAUUCGAUUGUUAUUAACCCUUAAAUUGUUGCAAUUAAUUAAAUGA